GGAUGACCUACCACCAUUUAGUUGUUUAGGGUUAUUUAAAAUAUUCAUAAAAAAUCUGCUCAUGCCAGAAGUCAUUAUUCCACUCAUUUUAGAAACAACGCAAUUACCCGUUUCAGCCACCAGGGGGCAUUGCUCUGUGAAUGCUCCUUCCCUUUUUUUUCCAUCCUUGCCUUCUUCCUUUCAACCUUCUCUCUUCCUUCCUUCUCUCCUUCCCUCUUCAUUUCUUCUCUCCUUCCCUCCUUACAUACUUACACAACAGUCUACAGCUGCUAAGAUUAACCGAUUAGUCGUCAACUAUUAAAUUAAUCUCCAACUAUUCUGAUGAUCCAUGAAUCAGUUGGAGUCAGCGUGUUAGAUGUGGAUCUGUUCUAGUGUCUUCUCUCCUCUGGGACAGGACACGGGAUGUCUCUGAGCUGGGACAGGACACUGGAUGUCUCUGAGCUGGGACAGGACACUGGAUGUCUCUGAGCUGGGACAGGACAAGACGUGUGAGGACGUCAUCUUGGGCUUUGGGGAGAUCUGAUCUACAUGUUAGAGCCAGAAGUCUCAUCAUUCAUUAGGGCUGCAGCUGGUUGUAAUCAGCCAGCUGAGCCUCGUCACUCAGACAGCUUAUCCUGCAGAGAGACAGGUUAUCUUAGAGAGACAGGUUAUUCUCACAGAGAGACGAUUGUCCUGCUGAGAGACAGACAGGAUGCUGUGUGUCUGUCUGCUGGCAGCGUGGCUGCUACCUGUAACACGCUCAGAUCCAAACCUGAAUAAAACUCAGCAGGAACAUGGACCUUUCUCUGCAGAAUCUGGAUCCAACCUGUCGGGGGUGCGGUCCUUCAGUACAGAACAGGAACUAGAGACCCGGAUCAUGGGGGGUCAGGAGGCCUGGGCCCACUCGUGGCCCUGGCAGGUUUCUCUCUGCUACAUGUCCACGCCGGCGUGCGGCGGCGCUGUGAUCGCCCCGCUGUGGGUCAUCUCUGCUGCUCACUGCUUCAAAAGGUACAAUAAAGCUUCUUUCUGGACGGUUCUGGCAGGAAAACACGACCUGGACAACCCGAAUGAACCUGGACAACAACUAGUUGGAGUCUCUCUGAUCGAGAGCCAUCCUGGCUACGACAUUCGGACCAAAGCCAACGACGUGGCGCUGCUGAAGCUGCAGCAGCCGCUGAUCUUCAACGAGUCCGUCCGGCCGAUCGACGUCUGGAUGGCGCCGCUGCCAACGCUCCGGAGCUGCACCGCCACGGGCUGGGGCUCCAGCCGAGAGAACGGAGCGCAGGUGAACAGACUGCAGGAAGUGAACGUCACCAUCCUGCCGUCAGACAUCUGUAACAAGUAUUACACCAGCGGCAUCCUGCCGUCCAUGUUCUGUGCCGGGAAGGACGAAGGAGGAGUGGACGCCUGCCAGGGGGACUCUGGCGGUCCUCUGUCCUGCUUCACCGGCAGCCGGUACGAGUUGGCGGGUCUGGUGAGUUGGGGCGUCGGCUGUGGACGAGCCAGGAAACCCGGCGUGUACACGCGAGUCCAACAGCACACGCAGUGGAUCGCUGACAUCAUACACGCUCAGAAUGACAUGUACGCAGACGACCUCACUGCUACAGAGAGCAGAUGUGGGAAGCAGCAGAACAUCAGCUGUGAGCAGUUUCCCGCCCUCGCCACGGUGUCGGUGUCUGAUGAUGGCGAGGCCUCGCUGGAGAACGUGACGGAGGCGUGCCCGUUCCUCUGGCCCUGGCAGGUCAGCCUGCAGGCCAGCAACGGGCGCCACUACUGCAGCGGAGCGCUCAUCCACCGCAGCUGGGUGCUCACCGCACAGCACUGCAACGUCAGAGCGAAGAAGGACAUGGUGGUUCUGGGAGUCCAUGACCUGCGGUUCUCCUCGUCUGAAACCAUCCCGGUGGACCAGGUCUUCAACCUGCCGAAGGACCGCAGCUUCCCGCCCAAAUCUGACCUGUCGCUGCUCCGCCUCGCCGUGCCCGCCACUUUCAGCCCGGAUGUGUCUCCAGUUUGUGUCCCCGACAAGGACGAGGACCUGGACAGCAGCUGGUCUUGUGUCACAGUCGGCUGGAGAACCUCGAGCACAGCAGUGGACGUGGAUCCCCACCGGCUGCACCAUGUGGGACUGACUCUGGUUAACCAGACGAGCUGCAGCGAGAAAUGGGGCGGAGAUCUCAUCACCAACUCCCACAUCUGUUCCCAUCCUGGCGGCUCCACCUCCUGCAUGGGGGACUCUGGAGCACCGCUGGUGUGUCGUAAACACGAAGCCUACUUCCUGUUUGGCGUGGUGACCUGGGGCAGCCGGCGCUGUGACGCCGAGAAACCGGCCAUCUUCUCCCGAGUAUCGGAGUACCACCGAUGGAUCACCAACGUGACUCAAGAUGUCUGAAUGUUUGAUAGAAAUAAACUCUUUUCCCCUAGAA